UACAAAUAGAAUUAUCUAGAAAAGCAAAAUAUUCGAAGAAAGAGUAUAUAAUAUUGGACAUAUAUAACAAGCUUCGUAUAUAGAAGUCUAUCUUACCCAUUUCUUCUUUCCUCUCUCUCCAUCAGACCGCGGCAAAGAACCCUAGACGGCAGCUCUUUCUAAAGUUUGUCCUGAAGAAGGCAAUGUGGUAACUUUGGUAAAGAUAGCUUUUUUGGUCCCCUAAUACCCGUUGUGGUAGCUUCGGUUGUUCGCCCAACCUUUGCCUUUAUGGAUGACGAUGGGGGACUGGGUAUGCGUAAUUGGGCCUACUAUGAGCAGCCCUUGAAGGGGAAUUUAGGGCUGCAGCUCAUGUCGUCGGUGGCUGACCGCAAUGCCACGAAGCCACUCCUCUCCAAUGGGGGAUUCUUCCACCGUGACUGCAGCAUGCCUGAGCCACCUGCUCCUAUAGAGUAUGUGAGGGAUGGGUGGAUCAGCCACCGGGAGAACAAGAUGGUCCACAUGAUGCCUGCGAAUUCCAGUUACUCAGUACUGCCUGAUGCCCAUGGAGCACAUGCCCUCCCGAUGCUGCAGCCACCAGAGCCACCCAAAGACGACAAGAUCCCAAUGAUGGAUGAUCCUGGAAGCAGAAAGGAGGCACCUUUGAAGAAGAGGGCCCAAGCUAAGACACCAAAGCCAAAGAAGCCCAAGAAAGUUGCUGCGCCUAGGAAUGAGACUAGCAAUGGUUCGCUUUCGCGAGGGAGGAAUGUGAGGAAGAGCAUGGAUGUUGUUAUCAAUGGGAUUGACUUGGAUAUCUCGGGGAUUCCUACUCCAAUUUGCUCCUGCACGGGCACUCCCCAGCAGUGCUAUCGGUGGGGUGUUGGAGGUUGGCAAUCAGCAUGCUGUACUACUAGCAUUUCGAUGUACCCCCUGCCUAUGAGCACUAAGAGGCGGGGGGCACGUAUUGCAGGGCGGAAGAUGAGCCAAGGUGCAUUUAAGAAGGUGUUGGAGAAGCUUGCAGGAGAAGGGUAUAACCUUUCUAACCCAAUUGACUUGAAGACUUACUGGGCCAAGCAUGGUACCAACAAGUUUGUGACAAUUAGGUAAAGGUGUAUGAUGUUAGGUAGCUUAAAGUAGGAUUUGGGCUCUGCAUUUGGUUUGUUCUUCCUGUAUAUAUAUGUCUAUCACCUUCUGCAGAGGCCUUCUGAGUAAUUUGUAGCUCCGAUGUUUCUUUCGUAGCCAUUUACAUGCUUUCUUAGGUUUGGACAUUCGGGUUAGGUGGAUGUGUUGCUGUUUCUUUUCUUUUCUUUACAAGCUGCAGUUUUAAGAUAAUAUCACUAUCUAUUAGGAUGGCACUUUAACUAAUAGACAGAAAGUCUUCGUCAACCUUUAUGGUUUCACCA